AUGAAGCUACCACUGCUCAUUCUGUUGCUGCACCUCGGUUCAUGCGCAACAUUGGAGCCAUCUAAAGGAGAAGGGAAAGACUUGUUUGGCAAAGCAACCCUCGGACAAACGCUAAGUAACGUUACAGAAGGCAGCAAGAAGAACCGGACUAUGGACAUUGCCACCAUCGUCAAAAUCUGGCAGAGAUUCCGUAGGUUGAAGGAUAAAAUCAUGAAACAACUAGCUUUAACUCCAGAACAACAAGAAGCAUUUGCAGCUAAAUUGAAGAAGUGGAAGGUCCCGGAAGAAGAAAAGGUCAAGGCUGCUGGCCAUUCUAUAGGCGAAAUCAACAAAAAGAUCGGAAUUGGCAAGAUGCUUUUCCAAGGCGAUGUUAUGCUUACAAAAGCUCAAGCGGAUCAAAUCGUUGACGAUAUCGAAAAAAAUGGCAGCGAUCGUAGCAAACGUCAGGCCUUUCGUGAUAGGAAUUAUCCUUGGACCAUAUGGUCAGGCGGAGUCUACUACUACUUUGACGCCAGUGCAAAUGAAAAAGCGAGGAGCGCCUUUAGCAAGGCUGUGCAAGCGUGGCGUAAGGACACCUGCAUAGACUUCUACUAUAGUGCAGAAGCCCCCAGUAGGAUCCGGCUCCUCAAAGGGGACGGAUGUUGGUCUCAAAUGGGCAGACUUGGAGGAGAACAGGAUCUUUCACUCGGUAACGAUUGUGAAACAGCACCUCCUGGAGCUGUUAUUGAAGUAAAAAUCGAAAGUUUCACACCAGGACUAUUUUCUUUUGGAUGCAAAUUUGCUGGAGUCGAAAUUAAAACGCAGAAAGAUCAACGUCUUACUGGUUUCAGAUUCUGUGCUCACACUGAUGCAGGUAGAACACUCGUUUCGGAAACUAAUCGAGUUCCUAUAAUUACUUAUAAUCGAUAUGGCGAAUCAACAACAGUUUUGAAGUAUCGAACUCUUAAGAACGUCAAUGCUAAUCAAUCUUCUUCUGAGAAAAUGCUCAGCCAUUUCACGAUUUCAGUCGGUGCCUUCAUAACUAACCCACAACCAGUGAGUACCCCUCAACCGUACUACUCAACAACCACUACAACUCCAAUGCCGACCUCCUGCAUGGACAAGCCCACGUAA